CGGAGUGGACAUACGGAGGGAGCUCCGCUUCCUACUAAAUAUUAUUUGAAUAGUUUGCGGAAAUGGUAUUGAUAACGCCGGGAGUAUGUCGACAAUUAAAUAUCAGCUAAUUCCAGUGGAUGAGGGAGAGCCCAUUGAAACGAAAUCCCCACAAUGGAUAGGGAAAGUGUGUUUUCUGUGCACGGCUCUCUUUGUGAUUGUGUUCUAUUGUCUGAGUUCUGUGGAGGAUCAGCUAGAGAGCAGUACCCAAGGUUAUGCGGCGACUUCUGGGAGUCACUUGGAGAUCUCACUGAAAACCAGUACGCUGAAUUCAAGGAUAUCUUCGCGUCUUUUGGAUAUCCUACAAGAUCCGAGCACUAUGUCCCCUUGGACAGAGAUUAUUGAACCCUCUCCGCCGAUUGUCGAAUAUCCAACGGAAUCCGAAAACGAAGAAGAAUUUCCCACAGAAGCUCAACUGGAGGAGAGUACAACACUGCAAGUCCUGAGCUCCUUGGAACAAAUUCUAACUGAGACGACUACGAAAGCCUCUUACCCAUUGGAAACAGCUUCGGGAGAGAAAUACUUUGUGAAUAGCCCGAAGUGCCAAAUGCGCCAUCCAGAUCCCUUUGCCAGCAACAUCCGAAAGAUCUAUAGGAAGCAUCACUAUAUAGUCUGCGAUAGGAGUCCUGAUAUGAUCACAGUGAAUUUUAAUGACACGACCGGCACAUACAGGCUGCAUAAAAAUGAGGAUAAUUCUACCUGUUGCUAUAAACGGAUCCUCCGAGUAGGAGUCCGAACCAUGGCAGAUCACAAGUACAAGCUUCUUCCGUGUGAGCAAUUCCCUCAGGACUUUCAAGUCCCAACUGAAGUCACGUCCAUGAUCACCGAAUGCCGAAAGAGUCCCCAUGAGAAGGUCUCGCAAACGGACGCCUUCAGUUUCGUGCAUCCAGGGAAGGAUUCUGUUCCGGCUUUGGGUAAACGACCCAGUGUCCUGCUCUGGGGCAUCGAUUCUGUCUCCCGAAUGAACUUCCAGCUGACCAUGCCCCUCAUGUACGAGUACUUGAACGGCCAGCACUGGAACGAACUGCAGGGCUACAACAAGAUGGGCGAUAAUACCUUUCCGAACCUGAUGGCUCUGCUGACGGGAUUCAACAAGACCUACGCCAAUGAAAGGUGCCGACCCAGUCAAGUAGGUGGCCUGGAUGCCUGUCCGCUGGUGUGGAAGGACUUCAAGGCCCAGGGUUACACAACAGCCUUCGCGGAGGAUUGGAGUAAGUUCUCCACUUUUGACUUUAUGAGCAGAGGGUUUCGCAGUCCACCGACGGACGUUUAUGGCCGACCUAUGAUCCUGGCUUUGGAGAAGGAACUUAGGAAGACAAUGAUUGCUGACAUGCCGUUUUGCAUGGGCCGCAGGUCAUCCGGCGAGUACAUCUACGACUUGGGUGUGCAGUUCACCAGGGCGAACCGAAAUCGAACCUUCUUUGGUAUGUUCUGGACGAACACCUUCAGUCACAACGACUUCUCCAUGCCGUCCGCCAUGGAUGCCAGGAUGGUGCAGUACAUGCGGUCGUUGGACAAGAAUGGCAUUAUGGAUAACACAAUUAUUAUCUUCUUCAGCGACCAUGGAAGUAGGUUUGGUCAAUUGCGGAAAUUGGACAGCGGCUUCCUGGAGGAACGGCUCCCCUUUUUCUAUAUGCGCGUGCCGCGAUGGAUACGGGAGAAGUACCCGGAAUUUAUGCAAAAUCUGCGGGCGAACCGGAAUCGCCUUACAUCGCCAUACGAUAUACAUGCCACGCUGAAGCACAUCCUCAGGCUGGACACCCCAGCGGAGCAGCUGCCCCGCCCCGAAGGCUGUCCCACCUGCCAUAGCGUCUUCGAGGAAGUGGAUUCGUCUCGAAAUUGCUCUCAGGCUGGAAUCGAUGAGCACUGGUGCGGCUGCGAUAGCUUCACCGAGUUGCCUUCAACGGAUACCAGGAUGGGAGCUAUGUCCACUCAGCUGGUGGAGGCCAUUAACGAGUUUGUGGCGGGGAAAAAAGGAGCAGAAAAGUGCCAUCACCUAAGGGUAGGAAGAGUAGUAUCGCUCCAACAAAGGGGUAACACAAAUGCGUAUCUACUGCAGCUCUAUGCCCAGCCAGGCAACGCCUUCUUCGAGGCUACGGUGAACUGGGAUCCGGAGACUCAAAGGAUAUCCAUUCGGGUGCCCAGCAUCAGUCGACUGGACUACUAUUCCUAUCAAUCGAAAUGCACUUCGGUCAAGGAAACUAAGAAAUUCUGCAUCUGCUAGGGUCUUGGUCCCAGCUCUGUUUAACCGCAGGAUUGCACUAAAAAGGACUCCUUUCAUUAUCUUGCGGAUCUCGGAUACCGAGGCCUUUGUUCCAGUGAGUAAUAGAGCGUAUCGCACGAGGCAAUCUACGGUUAGUUCCUGGCAACCACUUCCGACAAAGUAAUUGCAGCCUUGAGAUUGUGCAAAUUCAAAAUUGGUUGACAAUUACACGACAAUUGGCAGAUAAUUGUUAAGAGAUUAACAAGAAAUUUCAACUAAAACUUACCGCAAUCACGGAGCAUCAGUAAAAUACAAUAUUAUGAAGUGUUCUAUAUUUUAUAACUGGAUUGAGUACAAGUAUAAGAAUAGUUUAUCUUAUCAAAGAGGUUGUAUUGUGAAGUGCGCUUCUUAUCAUCUCAAAUGCACUUGAACAUUAAAAUGUUGUUAAUCUUAUUCUAAGAAUUUGGGGACAAGCCUCUUUCAUAGAUAAUGAGAAAAUCAAUGAAUAUAUGUUUUUAAAAUGAGCAAAAUUGACCUAAAAGCGCUUUAUAAAAGUUGUGAUUUAUCAAAUCAAACAUUGAAAUUAAGU